AUGCAUAUUAAGCACGCCAGUUGUGUCGUCCUAAUCCUGAACAUUCUACUCAUUUUCUAUCACGUCGCAAUGCUUUUCGUUGGCGCAUUGGAUCCGUGGAAAGUUCUUUUCAUCCCGCUGGAGUGCUUGAGUUCGAUCGUUCUUUUCUGCGGUCUUGUCAUCGAGGCGAAGAACUCGUUGUUGCCAUUUUUAUUCAUUCAGGGUUUCAAAAUCUUCGUUAUUGGCAACAAUUUGUAUCAAGGGAUUGAGGGAAUGUUUGAUUGGGGAUCCGAGAAAAUGAUGGAAGCAAGAUGUCGUCGUUAUUUUGCCGAUUUGGCUCACGUUCUAUCAGCAGAUGAGCAACAAGAAGUUGAAAAGGGAAAAGACAAUGAGGCGAUCGCU